AACGAGGAAGUGGGGGGGGAGAGAAGGGGCAGUGCAGUGGAGAGCACGAGAGGGACAUGAUGGAAUCGGACAUGUCGCCGACCUCCGGGAACAGCUCCACAUGCAAUUAUUGAGGCCUCGACUCACUCUGUGACUCUGCUGAUUCGGAGGCUCUCGUUGACUGCUGCUGCCGCUGAUAGAUUCAGCUGUGCGGCGAUAUGGCGAUGAGGGCACGGUUGGGCAGGUUGUGGGACGGAUCUCAAGUGAGGUCCGAGUCGUCGGAGAGCAAAGGGAGGAGCGGCAUGGCCUCGAAGAGUUCCCCGAUCAAGCUGGUCGUCGCCCUUUUCGUUGCCCUCCUUGUUCUCGUUUUCUUCAUCUCCAACAGCACCACCGUUAAUUGGAGUGAACAAGGAGUUGAUUCACAGUCUCUUAAAACAAAGGGUGAACAAGGAGUAGAUCCACAAUCUCUUAAUAAACAGAAUGAACAAGGGGUAGAUCCAAAGUCUCUUAAUAAACAAGAUGAACAAGGAGUAGAUCCACAGUCUCUUAAUUCCCAGCCCUCUAAAGCACAAUCAGUACAUAUUACCUUAUCCUGCCCAAACCAAAAUGCAGCCGUCUGUCAAAGAUCUACACUGGCAUCUGCUCUCUCCCUCACCACUUCCCAAAACUCCGCUACCUGUCCUGAAUAUUUCAGAUGGAUUCAUGAGGAUUUACGUCAUUGGAAGUCCACAGGAAUCACGAAGGAGACGGUUGAGAGUGCUAAAAAAUUUGCCACCUUCCGUUUGGUGGUGCUUGAUGGUCGGGUUUAUGUCGAAGAAUAUUUUGGACAUCUCAUGGCGAGGAAUGUAUUCACCCUCUGGGGCAUCCUCCAGCUUGUUAAUCGUUAUCCUGGGCGUGUCCCCGACCUUGAUCUCAUGUUUAACUGCAUGGACCAGCCAGCUAUUAAGUCUGCUGAGUACAAGUCAUCGACUCUGCCACCGGUUUUCCAUUACUGCAAUAAUGACCAGACAUCAGAUAUUCUUUUCCCUGACUGGUCCUUCUGGGGAUGGCCGGAGACGAAUAUAAAGCCAUGGGUGCCACUGAUGAAGGAGAUGAAAGAAGCCAAUGAAGAGAUUAAGUGGACAGACAGAGAACCAUAUGCCUUUUGGAAGGGCAAUCCAUUGAUGGGCAGGAACAGGCAUGAACUUCUCAAGUGCAACAUGACCAAUGAACAGGACUGGAAUGCUCGGAUCUAUACCCAGGAUUGGAAACAAGAGGAAAAGCAAGGUUUCCAGCACUCAAACCUGGCUAGGCAAUGCAGUCACAGAUAUAGGAUUUAUGUGGAUGGUCUUGCAUGGUCAGUGAGCCAGAAGUACAUUAUGGCAUGUAACUCGCCUACAUUAUUUGUGAACACUCCUUGGUACGAGUUCUUCCAAAGAGGCCUCAUCCCGGGACGUCAUUACUGGCCUAUACCAGAGAACAAUAUGUGUCGAGCGAUCAAGUUGGCUGUGGACUGGGGCAAUGAGCACCAGCAGGAGGCACAGACUAUGGGAAAGGCGAGCAGCGACUUCUUUCAAGAAGAAGUGAAGAUGGAUUUUGUGUAUGACUACAUGUUACAUGUACUGACCGAAUACGCCAAGCUUUUGAGAUACAAGCCUACAAUACCGGAGAAAGCCACAGAGUUCUGCUUGGAGUCCAUUGCCUGCCCUGCCCCAGGCGACGUAAAGAAGUUCCUGUUGGAUUCAAUGGAGAAAUCAACUCAUGAUGCCGAACCUUGCAAAUUGCCUCCGCCCUUCACUCCAGAAGAGCUGCAGCAGCUGCUUGAGAACAAGGCUAAUGCUGUAAAGCAGGUGGAGAUGUGGGUGCAAAACACUUGAUAAUGAUUAGGGUUAAGCUAAUUGAUUAGUAACUUGAGCACAGAGUGUUUUUUUGUUGAAGCAAAUGGAUCUGAGGGGACCGCAGCUCACACCCUCAUCCUCGGUAUUUUCUCUAGAAGAUGUCAAAUGCUCGAGAAUUAUGAGAAAUGGAGAACUAUAUGAAUGCAUAAUUAAUGCCACGAGAUCUUCAGAAGCCCUAAGGAUAUAUUUUCUUGUUAAAGAACAUGAACAUUUACUGUAUUCUUUUCUUAUUCUUGUAGUGCAGUAAAUGUGAUUGGCUUUGUAUUGCAACUAUUCUAUCA